CGCCGCCGACAUUGUCGCUACAGUGAGCGACUGUAUGUUCCCGGUUUAGCGGGGGACGGCCGUCCCCUCCCCCCCACACCCCCACACACCCCCACAGAGGGAGGUGUGGUGUCUCUGGGGCCACAUUCGCUCCGUCUCGAGUUCAGCGUCGAACGGAACGAGAACAAUAAGAACCUGAGACACGAAGAGCUCAGAGAAACGCGGCCGUUAUCACACACGAACCAACGGCUCUCUGACCGCACUCCGCCACUGUGAGAGGAAGAUGUGCGUGGCUGAAGGUGCGAUGCUGCCCACUUAGGAAGAUCGCUGGGACGUGGAGGAAAUAUCCCUGAGGAUGCUGGGCAUCUGCCGUGGACGCAGGAAGUUCCUCGCGGCCACACUAAGCAUCCUGUUCAUCCCGGCGUUCACCUGGAUCUACCUGUUUUCCGGCACGUUUAGAGAUGAAAAGCCAGUCUCACUGUCACCCUAUGAAGCCCCAGCUAACAGCCCCCGUUACGCGUUCAGUCAGAGGGAGCGGCAGGCGCUGGAGGUUCGUGUGCGAGAGGUGGAGGAGGAAAACCUGUCCCUCCGCAAGCAGCUCAGACUGGCUCAGGACCACGCCCGGGGGCACAGCAACCACUCCAAGACCUACUCUCCCGAGGAGGGCACCGGCGACACCGAGGUGGCAAGGGCAUUGGCCUGGAACGGCUCCGAGUGCGGCAAGCAACCUGCUGUGGAGAAAUGCGAGACGAUCCACGUUGCCAUUGUGUGCGCGGGAUACAACGCUAGCCGUGAUGUGGUGACCCUUGUGAAGUCUGUUCUCUUUCACCGGAGGAACCCUCUUCACUUCCACAUCAUCACCGAUGCCAUUGCCAAGCAAAUCCUUAGCUAUCUCUUUCAGACUUGGAUGGUUCCUGCAGUGAUUGUCAACUUUUACGAUGCUGAUGAACUGAAGUCAGAAGUGUCAUGGAUUCCAAACAAACAUUAUUCAGGAAUAUAUGGACUCAUGAAGCUGGUCCUCACUAAGACUCUACCUGCCUCUCUGGAGCGAGUCAUUGUCUUGGAUACGGACAUCACCUUUGCCACUGACAUUGCUGAGCUGUGGACUGUACUGCACAAAUUCAAAGGUCAGCAAGUUCUUGGGCUGGUGGAGAACCAGAGUGACUGGUACUUGGGAAACUUGUGGAAGAAUCAUAGACCUUGGCCAGCAUUGAGCCGCGGCUACAACACAGGUGUGAUCUUGCUGCUGUUGGACAAGCUGCGGAAAAUGAAAUGGGAACAGAUGUGGCGUUUGACUGCUGAGAGAGAGCUGAUGAACAUGUUCUCCACGUCCCUGGCUGAUCAGGAUAUCUUUAACGCCGUUAUAAAGCAGAAUCCCUACCUGGUGUACCAGCUCCCGUGUUUCUGGAAUGUGCAAUUGUCAGAUCACACGCGUUCCGAGCAGUGCUACAAGGAUGUGUCAGACCUCAAGGUCAUCCACUGGAACUCGCCCAAGAAGCUGCGUGUGAAGAACAAGCAUGUGGAGUUCUUCAGGAACCUGUACCUGACCUUCCUGGAGUACGAUGGAAACCUGCUUCGUCGUGAGCUCUUUGGCUGCCCCAGCGCAGUCGACCAGAACAGCCAGAAUCUUCAGAAGCAGUUGUUGGAGCUGGACGAGGAUGACCCGUGUUACGAGUUCCGGCGCGAGCGUUUCACUGUGCACCGCACUCACCUCUAUUUCCUGCACUACGAGUUUGAGCCAUCGUCCGACAACACUGAGGUCACUCUGGUGGCUCAGCUCUCCAUGGAUAGGCUGCAGAUGUUGGAGGCGAUCUGCAAGCACUGGGAAGGUCCCAUUAGCCUUGCUCUCUACCUGUCUGACGCUGAGGCCCAGCAAUUCCUCCGCUAUGCACAGGGCUCUGAGGUCCUGAUGAGCAGAAGCAAUGUGGCUUACCACAUCGUGUACAAGGAGGGGCAGUUUUACCCUGUCAAUCUGCUGCGAAAUAUAGCCAUGAAACACGUCAACACCCAGUACAUGUUCCUGUCUGAUAUUGACUUUCUCCCCAUGUAUGGUCUCUAUGAGUAUCUCAGGAAGUCUGUUGUGCAGCUGGACAUGCAGAAUGUGAAGAAAGCUCUGAUUGUGCCAGCGUUCGAAACCCUCCGCUACCGUCUGGCCUUCCCCAAAUCAAAAGCGGAGUUACUCUCCAUGUUAGACAUGGGAACUCUCUUCACUUUUAGGUAUCACGUCUGGACCAAGGGUCACGCUCCGACCAACUUUGCCAAGUGGCGGACAGCGACCACCUUGUACCACGUGGACUGGGAGGCAGAUUUCGAGCCUUACGUUGUAGUGAGGCGUGACUGCCCUGAGUAUGACCGGAGAUUCGUGGGCUUUGGCUGGAAUAAAGUGGCGCAUAUCAUGGAGUUGGAUGCCCAGGAGUAUGAGUUUGUUGUUCUCCCCAAUGCCUAUAUGAUCCACAUGCCUCACGCCCCCAGCUUUGACAUCACCAAAUUCCGCUCCAACAAGCAAUACCGCAUUUGUCUAAAGACUCUGAAGGAAGAGUUCCAACAGGACAUGUCACGGCACUAUGGAUUUGCAGCCCUCAAGUACCUGACUGCUGAGAACAACAGCUGACAAUGGAGGCAUUCUUGGCCCUGCCCGCUUCACUUGCUUUCACCACUGCGAGGGACGAGACGUAGAGGGGAGGAGAGGAUGAGGCAGCCGUUCACGCUGAAGCAAGUGCAUGCAGACUUCCGUUGCCUAAACCCAUCGUGCUGUCAGGACGUGGCUGGCUUGGUCACCGGGCUGGAUGCCAGUGUCAGCUCUUCUUUCAGAAACAUUGAGAUUGUUGAGGUUAUUAGCUUCUGAAAGACGUUGUAUUCUCUGAUCUCGCUGGCCCCUCUUCCCAUAACACUGCCUUGCCUGUGCACUGGUUGUUGAUGUCCACACAGCCUUUUUAGAUGAGUAGUGCAAGCACAGAGGAUGGGGAGGGGGAGGUUAAAUGUUCCAGACACCAAAUGGCUUGAUUGUUCCUCCACUACCAAUGCCCCCUCACCUCCCAAAAAGUGUGACUCUGUUCCUUGCUCUGACCAACCAAGUAGUCCUGCCCUCGCCGCAUGCCUCCGAGUCAUAAGGCUGUGGGUUUAAGCCCAAGUCAGGACUUUAAAAUCACAGAGCAGGCUGACACUUCAGGGCAGUGCUGGUGGGAGCACCGCAUUGUCAGAAGCGCCGUCCUUUGGAUGAGAUGCUAAAUCGAGGUCCAGUCUGUGCCCUCUUUAGGCGGACGAUAAAGUUGCAGUGGUUCUGCUUAAAAGAGAAGAAAGUUUCUCUCUCAGUGUCCUGGCUGACAAUCCCAU